AUGAGGGAAGUGAAUUCGCUCAACCGCCUUACACGGCAGUUCCUGUCUCUCGUCGUGCUGGUGACCCAGAUCUGCGGGGUCACCACCUUUGCGUAUAACUCAAAGACGCAAUGCUUUCGGCGCUCUAGAUCUUUGCGCCUUUACUCCAGCUUAGUUAACGUUGUUGUGGGACUAUUCCUAGUUGUUUCCAUAUGCAAAAUGUUGAAUAAUCCGCAAGUUGUGUGGCCAUAUGUGGUGGGCAGUGUUGUCAUAUUGGUGGUAAGAGUACAAGGAUUUAUGGAAAGUGAAGAGAUCAUGGCGCUAUUAAACCAAAUGCUGAGUACAAUGAGGCAGGUGAAUCUUAUGGCCAGACAUCCGAAUAUGUUUCGCCUGAAGCAUUUGCUGCUCCUUCUUUUGGCCCUACAGAAUCUCUUGAGAUCCUUAAAUACGAUAGUGGGAAUAAGUGAGCACUCUGCUGAAGCUUUAGACACUCUGCUCAGUAGCAUUCUACUAUUAAUUAUGCUGGCCGUGCUUCUGAGCUUCCUUCUUCAGAUCACCAUCAAUAUUUGCCUAUUUGUGGUGCUUAUUGCCACGUACAGCGAACUUCACCAUUGUACCAAAAGAAUCUCAAAUGAUAUGGAUAAGCUGAGACAGUCUUCCGUCCUUGAAAGUGGCCAAUUUAUGGUUUUGGCGAGACAACUUCAUGAAAUCGGAGAAAAAUUGAUUGGACUGCGUUAUAAAGUCUUUCAAAUUACACUCAGCAUCAUACGACAUUUUCGAUUUCACUGGCUGUGUGCCAUCAUCUACGGAUUAAUACCAUUCUUUAGUUUUACAGCUAAAGAUAUAAAUGGUUUUUACUUCCUCACCAUUUCUGCGUUGAACAUAAUGUUCCAGUGGACUAUUUUCGCGAUUCUGUCCCGUGAAUCAAGAAUCACCAGGAGCUUAUGCACUUUUCACUUGACCAAUUACCAUAAGGAAACUGCUCAAACGAUCGAUGAGUUACUCCAUCAGGAAAUCUGGGAACGCAUCACAGUUACCAUAUACGGCAUUACACUGGACACCAAAUUGCUCUUCAAACUGCUAUCCAUCUGUGCCUUUUGUGCGUUUGUUAACCGACUGGAAUACUUGCACACCAAGUGUCCUCAAUAG